AUGUCCGAACGCGAAGAACAAUCGGUUCAAGCUGUGCGCGUUAAAGUGCCACCCUUUUGGCCCGACGAACCGGCGUUAUGGCUCGCACAACUCGAGGGUCAAUUUGCGCUCGCGAACAUAACCGUCGACGCGACCAAAUAUAAUUAUGUUAUCGCGAACUUGGACAUAAAAUAUAUCACUGAAAUAAAGGACAUUAUAAAAAAUCCGCCGGCCGCUGACAAGUACGAAAAAGUGAAGGCGGAGUUAAUUGCUCGGUUAUCGGUGAGUCAAGAGCUAAGGGUCCGUCAACUUCUGACCCACGAAGACAUCGGGGAUCGUAAACCGUCUCAAUUUUUGAGACAUUUACAAAAUCUCGCAGGCCCAAACGUUCCAGACGACUUUGUCCGUUCCCUGUGGUCAAGUCGCCUGCCGACUCACAUUCAAGUGAUCCUCGCUUCGCAACAAAGGAGCACGUUAGAGGAACUCGCAAAGCUAGCGGACACCGUAAGUGACGUCAUCGGAACACAGCAAGUACACGAGUUGGCCGCACCUACCGCAAACAAUGAGGUAUGCGAACUCAAGCGAGCUGUCGACGAGUUGACACGUCAAGUGGCUGCCCUGUCGUCACCUCCGCACGCGCAGCUAUCGCGUGCCCGUUCUCGCCCGCACGAGCGACACGGCUGGCGCCACCGUUCCCGAAGCCCCGUCUACAACCCUGCAGCUGAUACACUGUGUUGGUACCAUAGAAAGUUUCGAGAAAAAUCUACUAAGUGCCGCGAACCGUGUUUCUUCUCGCGUAAUAGUGAUACGGGAAACGAAUCGGGCAGUCAAUGA